GCAGGGCGGAUGCGGUAGUUUCGUAUUGACCUUGGUCGAGCUACGCCAAAGCUGUUGAUUCCAAGAAUUGUGACCUUCUGUUUCAACGUUCAGGCAGUUCGAAAGCUGUAGUCAUAGUACACUGAACAGUUGCGAUCAGAACUCGUACCAAAAUGAAACUUGCAAUCGUCGUUGGUGCAAUGCUGAGCAUUGUCCAGGCUACAAACAGACAGCUCUCCCAGGACGUUAUUGGCAAGUUCAGACAGGUUGCUGGUAAAUAUUCCAACUCGACCGCAUUGGGUGGGUCGGAACUGGCAGACGUGCGCAAAAAUGCGACGGGACUCAUCGGCAACUUCCACCACGACAUCAUAUUGAUCAAAGAGGAUUUUAUGCUGGAUGCGAUCCUCCAGGAAUCCGGGAUGCACUUCCAAAUAGCCAAUCAACCCUUCACCGUAGACAGAACUUGUCUCAACUUCCUGAACACGAGUCUGGAGAUGGACAUCAAUCUGGCUGGCGUUGGCUUCACAAACUGCAUCAGCAGAGUGGAUGAGCUAUUCAAUGGAUUUAAGAAUCAAUUCUACAACAGAAUAGGGGCCCAAGAUGCUCUGAUGGGCGAGUUACGGAUUUUGGACGUGUUCCGUGGUGAGAACGUGUUUUACACCCCUCAGAAUAUCAUCGCCAAAUUGGACUUGAAGUGGGAAGCACUGGAUAGUGUGCCGGAGUCGGUAUCUAGUUCAUCACAUCAAGCGCUUAUUAAUUUGAAAGUUAGUUUGGAGGGACUGCGAACAGCGUACAUUGAAUGCAUGACCAGCAGUGAGCAGCUAUUGAGGAGAUCUAUCGACUUGUUAAAAAUGCAGUUUAGCGAUAUGUGCUUGGGGGAGAGCAUAAUAGUACCGGAAUAGAAACAUUGUUCUACUGAUACCGUGAAAUAAAUACAAAUUAUGAGCAACGCUAAA